CACACCUGUACUUUGGACUGACAGGUAAAAGACCCAGAGGUCAGUGACUUACACUGCACCAGCUUCAUCCACAAUACAGACAUCCUACCUGUGCACUAGCCACCCAGAAGCACUGGACGCCAGACAGGAAAAAACCAGAGAAAGGACUGUAAACUGCAAUCUGCACAUCAUUUAUUCAGUUCACUACAAUAUGAUUUACUUUAGUAAAUGACUUCAAGGUUAAGGUGUGUGAGCAAUUAAUUCCUUAAAUUAAGUCUCAGUUAAAUUGUUCGUUGGACUUCAAGACCUUGAUAACCGACUGCUAGAAAAAUACAAGCUUUGCAGAUGAGCAAACGACUGCAGCGGAUCAAAGACCAUAUCCUGUCAGCAAAUCAGUGUUCAGAAAUGAGUGCUUCUCUUCCAAGCCCUCUUACUACCCACGUGUUAAACACUGGCCAUGGUAUACCAGCUGCCAACAUGGCCCUCAGUUUGCAUUUACUGGAUUCUACAUCACUGGCUUGGAAGCAGCUAAUAACAGGAACUACAAAUGAAGAUGGACGUUUCCCAGGCCUCAUCACUAGAGACGCUUUCAUACCUGGUACUUAUAAGAUGCGCUUUGAGACUGGGCAGUACUGGGAAGGACUGGGGGAGACUUGCUUCUACCCAUAUGUUGAGAUUGUCUUCACCAUCACUGAUGCAUCCCAGAAGUUUCACAUCCCACUUCUACUAAGUCGCUUUUCUUACAGCACCUACAGAGGAAGUUAAAUAGUGCAAUAGUUAAAUUGCCUCAAAGCAAUCAGUUCAAAUUUAUCUAUGUUUGAUUAUGGAAUUAUGUGCUUUCAGUUUCACAUCAAACAUGCUGAUGUUACCCAUUGGUUGAGGAUCCCCUAAAGGUAGCUCUGCUAUGUGAAUGUCGAUGGUUUUUGACGGUCAAUAUAAAAGGUUUAAGGAUAAAUGCUGUAAAAGAACUACUGCAAAAUUACUGUUGCGUAUUUAUCCUCUGUAUUUGUGUUACUUGUAAAUGUAAAUGUUGGAAACCAAACAUUUUGUAGGAGGACAAAUUGUUGAACACUGUUAGAGAUCAGCACCACAAUGUUUAGUUGAUUUACUGUCUAUCUGGUUACUAGGUAUUUGAAUAAAACACUAAAUUGCUAACA